GACUUGCGUAACACAACAAGCAUAUAGAAAUAGUGAACAGCAGUAGAAGACCGCGGAGAGGAUAAGCUUCGGCGAAGAGGUUGCUUGCUCGUGUCUCCGAGCUCUCUUAUCGAGAAGCGAGAGAGGAGGAGGGUGAGUCCCGAAGCGUACAGGUGUAGGUGAAUGGUUGGAGAGGGAGGGAGUCGAGCUGGGGGCGAUCGGGAGUCCGAGUUCGUUGGCGUCGGCGGGUGGUGGUGGUCCGACCAGAUGAGCGGCGGCGACGGGUGCCGUUUGAUGGAGGCGGAGUACGUGCGGAGGCACCACAGGCACGAGCCGAGGGACAACCAGUGCAGCUCCACCCUCGUCAAGCACAUCAAGGCUCCUGUUCAUCUCGUGUGGUCAUUGGUGAGGAGAUUCGAUCAGCCGCAGAAGUACAAGCCCUUCGUCAGCAGGUGCGUGGUGCAGGGUGAUCUUGAGGUCGGCAGCGUGCGAGAAGUUAAUGUCAAGUCGGGGCUGCCGGCGACGACCAGCACCGAGAGAUUGGAACUCCUUGAUGACAAUGAGCACGUCCUCAGCGUCAAGAUUGUUGGCGGAGAUCACAGACUAAGGAAUUACUCUUCCAUCAUAACUGUGCAUCCUGAGGUCAUCGACACGAGGCCGGGGACGCUUGUUAUCGAGUCGUUCGUAGUCGAUGUGCCAGAUGGCAACACCAAGGACGAGACAUGCUACUUCGUGGAGGCCUUGAUUAAAUGCAACCUCAAAUCUUUAGCUGAUGUGUCGGAGCGAUUAGCAGUGCAGAACGCACAACCGAUUAGUAAUACGGAUUUUGACGAGGCCAGUGCUGCGAUGAGGGCUGCAACAAUAUGAGCUACCGAGAGUUUUGAGAAUCUUGGCGAGCCAAUUAGACAGGUUCCUGUCUCUCAUCUCCACUUCUCUUCUUCUGCCUUUUUCUGUCCUUCCUUUAAGCUUCUUCUACAAUUAGGGAACUGAGUGGUUCGAUAUAGCCUUCUUUUUCCCAGAUGUAAAAUUUCACAACCUAGGCUUAAUUGACAUGGAUUAUUAGCCCAUGGUGUAUGCACAUAAAUUACUAGUUUAAGUCCUAUGUUUGCA